CGACAGGUCCCUGAGAGCGGCGACCUUCCUCCGCCCGGCGCAGGUGGAGCGGCCCUCGGGGCCCGGGCUUCGGCCUCGGGCGUCCGGAAAUGGCGGUGGCAGGCAGGACGGAGGACGAAUACUACUGUGACUCCAUCCCUGAAUGAGACAAGCAGAAAACAUGAUUCCAGCCUGCAAGACCUUAUAUUCUUGUGAAAUAUUGACUAUAGCGAAAUCAUCUUGAGCAAAUAAAAACUGAACAAUUUCUAACGGUAAGACUAAAAAUGUCUUUUUUUUUCACUUGAGAGAAUGGAAAAUUAACUGUAAGACCUUGAAGUAGAUUUGAGAUUCACAGAUGUAUAUUUUUAAAAUCCGAUAUAUUUGAGUAUUUAAGGGUGAGAUUCAAGAGCUAAAAAUUUAUGGAAAAAAUGAAUAAGAGGAAAAUGAGAGAGUUUUUUGAAAAAAGGAGGCAGUAAGUGCUUCUUGGUGCAAAGAUGUCCAAGAAUUCUUGGAUCUGUAACUUUUAACUUUAUAAUGACUAACCCUAGAAAUCUGUUUCAUCAAACCAUUGGAGAUUAAUAUUUCACCAACAAUUAUGUAGCUAAAUAACUUUGGAUCUGAGCAAGUUGACUGCUUUCGUAUUUUAUAGAUGUGAUUUCUAGCAUUCAGUAAAAAUCUAAAAAUUCUGAGCCAUGUAGUAGGCCCAGACACAUAAAUGAGUUAAAAGAGCCAAAGACUUUUAAUUACGGUUUGUUAUUUGCAAGCAGUGGGACCAGUUCUGGCUAGUUUAAGGAAGAAAGGAAUACAUGUUAAAGAUUACAGGGUAGAUUAACAACUAGACCUCUGAAAGGACCUAAACCAGGGUAGCUCACAAGGUCUAGGCGACGAAAGGUUUUUUUUUUCAGGGUUCUGUCCUAAAAUUAAGGAGUCCUGGUGGCACAGUGGUUAAGCACUCGGCUGCUAACCGAAAGGUUUGCAGUUUGAACACGCCAGCUGUUCCACAGAAGAAAGAUGUGGCAGUCUGCUUCCGUAAAGAUUACAGCCUUGGAAACUCUAUGGGGCAGUUCUGCUCUGUCCUGUCGGCUCACUGUGAUUGGGAAUCUACUCAGUGGCAACAGGGUUCUUUGGAUCUUACCCAGAGUAUUGAAGAUGACCCGCUCCUGGAUGCCCAGCUUCUCCCACAUCACUCAUUACAUGCUCAUUUUAGACCCAGAUUCCAUCCCCUUCCUACGGUCAUCAUAGCAAAUCUUCUCUUAUUAAUACAUGUUGUGUAUGUUAUAUUAGCAUUUUUAGCAGGUGUAUUUUGUUCUUACCCUAAUCCACAUGAGGACAAGUGUCCAGGAAACUACACUAACCCAUUGAAAGUUCAGACAGUCAUAAUCCUUGGAAAAGUCAUUUUGUGGAUUCUACAUAUACUUCUCGAACGCUACAUCCAGUAUCACCACAGCAAAGUGCGAAACCGAGGCUAUAACAUGAUCUACCGAUCCACAAGGCAUCUUAAAAGACUUGCACUAAUGGUACACUCUGCGGGCAACACAGCACUUCUCCUCAUACUGUGCAUUCAGCAUUCCUUUCCUGAGCCCAGUAAAUUGUAUCUCGACUUCAUCCUGGCCAUCCUGGCCCUGGAGCUGAUCUGUUCCCUGACAUGUCUGCUCAUUUACACAGUGAAAAUUCAUAAAUUUAAUAAAGCUAAACCGAAGCCUGAUGUACUUGAAGAAGAAAAAAUCUAUGCUUACCCCAACAAUAUUAACUCGGAGACUGGAUUCAGGACUAUUUCGAGCCUAGAAGAAAUUGUUGAAAAGCAAGGAGACAUAAUAGUAUACCUGAAGCGACACAAUGCACUGUUGAGUAAGCGGUUAUUGGCCUUCACUUCCUCUGACCUAGGCUCUCAGCCAGGUGGAAUGUGAGACGCUCAAAGUCAUCACAGCAAUUGCAAGGAGAACCCAGAGAAAUUUGGACCGACUGACUACCUGGCAAGCUGCCAUAGGGCAUUGUAGCUUUUGCUGAAUAACAUUUUACAAUUUAUGUUAGAAACCUGAAUUUGGUUCUCACCUGUGUGGCUGUUUAGUGUGUAGGACCUGUGAAUCAUUUGAAAGGCACUUUGUAGAAACCUUAUUAACUUGAAGAAAGUAUCUGUUUUGUACAUUUUGAAACGAUUUUAACUCCUUGGUUUGUCUUAGAGUCGGAGAUACAGUUUAAACGUUUCUAUGGCCAACACUUCUUCCACAUGACUUUAAGACCCAUUGCCAUCGAGUUAAUUCUGAUUAAGGGUGACCCCAUGUUUUAGAACCCUGUAAUAAGCUGGCUAAUUACGGAGGAAGUCUGACAUGACGGUCUAUUUCGAACAGGGUUUUGAUCAAUUCAGUUCUUUCCUCUUCUGAAGCAAUGAGAGAAGUCAUUAUUUUGUAUGGUUAAUGUGUUUAUUUCCACAGAACCUUAUCAUGUAUAUGCUUAUGUGUAUUGGAUGACAGCUUGGUCCAGGUAGUUCUUCUAGAGAAUGUCCUCGCUGUAGGACUAAGGGUCUCAUUAGGCGAUUUACUAUGUGAACUCCUACAGUUUUCCAUUCUCCAGAAAUAAAAUAUGAUUACUGAUGUUAGACUAAACAGUGCUGCCUGUUACAUUGGCAACACCUUCCGUUGGCAAUAGCUGCAGAAUUCAAAGAAGAAUUUACAACUUUGUCUUUCUUUUUGCCCUUCUUCAAGAAGUUGUUGUGUUUUCAGUAUUGACUUUACAUUUGUUGGAUCAGUAAGUUCAGUUAUAGGAAAAGGAAUAUUAUGAUUUUAAAUCUGUCUAAAAGGAGCCCUGGUGACACAAGAGUUAACCACUUGGCUGUUAGCCGAAAGGUUGGUGGUUCAAACCCACCCACUGGCUCUGUGGGAGAAAGACCUGGCUAUCUGCUUCCAUAAAGAUUGAAGCUUAGAAAACCCUUCAGUACAUGUGACAGUUCACUCUGACAUGUGGAAUUGCUUAUGAGUCAAAAAUUGACUCGGGGACACCCAACAACAAAAAAGAAAAAAAAAGACACCUUUUUCAAUAGGAAUAAAAUAUAUCCAUUUAGUAAAGGUAUUAAAUAUAUCAAGUUCUCUGGAUAAAGUGAAGUAAAUAUUUUUAUGGGUAAAUGGCAUUAUCUCUCCAGUGUUCUAGUGUGCCACUUUUUAUUUGCCGUCAGCACCUUUACGUGCUGCCUUAGAAAUACUUUUGGUUGAAGGCUUAGUAUGGGAGAAGGGAUAUUUUAAUUACGUAGGUGUUAACCUUUUUUGGCCAUUAGCCAAAUACUCAGCAUUUGAUUUGAAAGAGUUUUCUGCUAAGGUAAAGCUGAUUGCACGUCACCUGCCGGUGACACAGCUGAAUCCCCAAAAUCACAACUUUCACAAGCUAAAUUCAGGUGGUAUCCAAGUUUCCUGACUUCUCUCUCCUUCCCUCCCUCCCUCUUUUUCUUCCUUCUUUUCUUCCUCUCUUCCUUUCUCUGUAAUACAUUCAUCUUAAAGCCAUUACCUUCUCUGGAAUCUGUUUCUGUGUUCCAGAAGAGCCUGUAGACUUUGCCUUCAGCUAUUUCUCUUCUCAAAAGGAGAACACUGGUGGUAGGUGAUUCAUUCUGAUUUAUUUUGAAAUUCAGUUUGCAUCUGUAAUCAGUUUCUAAGCUUUAUGGGAUGAACUUUGGUUUACAGAGAAAAGUUGUUAAGUUAGGAUACUUGGGUGCUGAUGUGAGAUAAUCACCCAUACUUAUUUCUAAACUCAAUAAUGAACAUUUCUAAAAAUAAGUGAAAAUCAAACUAAGGAUCAGAACUAGGAAACAGCAGAUGGAUAAAACAGGCAUUUAACUGUUAGGCAUUUCAUACACUAGGCAAGCACUGUGCUUUCCCUGUGGUGCAAAAAUUAAUAAGACAGACUCUGGCCUGUGGCUUAUAUUCUAAGGAAGGAGAGGUGCAGGAUUUCUAGGCUCCGUGGAAAGUGAACUAAUGGUACUAAGCCCAAGGUACUACGGGCACUCCAGGUCAAAGAGUACCCUAGUGGGUGGAGAGUUUUAGAUAUUCCAGGCAAAUUAAUGAGAAGCAAGGCAAAAAGACUACAAAGGAUUGUAAGCAGUAUGUGUAGCUUGAAACAAAAGUGUGAGGCAGGGCACCAGCGGAGAGGCGGACAGGGUCAGAUGUUUGAGGGCCUUGAUGCUAUGCUGAGGAGCCUGGGCUUUAUCCUGUUGGUAAUAGGACCCAUUGAAGGAUUUCAAGCAAGGGGGUGACAGAGUCAGCUUUUGUUUUAGGAGGAUCAGAUUGCAGUACAAUGUGGAGGAAAGAUGGGAACCAGAAAGAUAUGCCCCUAAACUGCAGUGGGUGUAGUAAUAUUUUUAUUAUAAAUAUGUGUGUGUGUGUAUAUAUAUAUAUAUAUAUAUAGUGUUAAUUUUGAGAUUUUAUUCAAAUGGCAAUAGCAUCAUGGCUUAUUAUAAACUUCUAAGUUCGUUUUUUUUAAAUUGGUAAUAUUGAAAAGUACAGAGAAGAAAAAAAUUAUUUGAGACCCCACUACCAGGGAUUAUACCAAUUUAUACUGCUUGUUGUUCUUUACACUCACCAAUCAUGGCUGUUAUCAGCCUCUUUAAUCGUAGCUUGUCUGAUGUAUUAAAAAAAAAAGUCAUUGUACUAAUGAAGUUGAGCAUUUUCUUCCCCCAUAGUUUUCAGCUUUUCAUAAAUCCUUUGUGAUGUGUAUAUUCAAAUCCUUUGCUUUUUAUUCUCCUGGAAUAUUUUUCUUUCUUAACAAAUGUAAUCUUUUUUUAUAGGUAUAUUAAGGAUUAAGGAUAGUCCUCAGUUUGUAUGUGUUGGAAAUAUUUCCUCAUUUGUUUUGGGUUCUUUUUGCAAUUGACUCCUCAAACACUGCAAUCCAGAAUCUACCUCCCGCAGCACUGGUGAAAAAGUUCACACCAGUGAGUCCCUAAAUGCAACAUAAGAUGUCAUCUUGUCAUGUGAGAGCCACCAGUGACUUGAGUGGAUUUUAAUACCAGGCUUCUGCUAUAGACCCCUUUCUUUCUACCAGGAAUUCAAAUCAGAGUUUUAUUUGAAUCAAGUUAACUCUUUCUCCUUUUUUAUUGCCCCCCCCACCCCCAUUUCUCCUAAGGAAACCUGUAGCAUUGUUUUUUUUUUUUUUGAAUAAAUGACAUACAUGUAUAUGGAGCAACAUGAAACUGUCUUGAAUAUAUUAAGUGAAAAGGGCAGAUUGUUGAAUAAUAUUUAUAUAUAUAAUGUCAGACAUUCCCUUUAGGUUAAAAAAUGAAGUGUGUGUGUGUGUGUGUGCGUGCGCAUGUAAAUUUACAGGAAUUGAUCCAUAAAAAUAUAAGACAAACCUAGCAGUAGUUUACACUGGAAAGGGUAUGUGACUGGAAUAAGAGAAUGAAAGGAGGAGAGGUGGAACAAGGGGAAGAAAAUAAAAUCAAAGGACUUUGGGCUUUUUAUUCUGCUUCUGUAUUAUUUUUUUUACAGUGACUAUUUUCUAAUAAAGAAAUGUUCAACAUGUAUUAAAUUAAAAAAUUCAAGUUACAACUCAGUACAUUUAGUACAGCUUUUUAAAAUAAUAAAUGGCAGACAUACGAAGGAAAACCUGGUAUUUGUGAGGAAAGAUGGUGGAUGAAUGGGAUAUUCAAAUUUACUGUUGCUUCCUCCUGCAACUCCACUAAAAUGGUAGUAGAGGAUUUUUUAAGGCAUAAAUUCACAAUGACCAGAGAAUAGAAGAGACAACUGUAAAAAAUGUAGAAAUUAUAAAGCAGCAGAGCACACCAUAGCAUUGCCAUAAAUCCAAAAACUAAACCCAUUGCCAUCGAGUUGAUUCUGACUUGUAGCGACUCUAUAGUUUCCAAGGAAUAGCAGGUGGAUUUGAACUGCUGACCUUAACCACUGUGCCAGCAGGGCCCCUCCUGCUCAAAGUGUGGUCUUUGGUCUGUGCUGAUCUGAAAACUACUACCAGUCCAUGAGGGGAUGAGGACCUGUGCCAGAAUGUAAAUCAUCGUUGUUACUAAGCAUUGCUCAUCCCACUACCACUGCCGUCGAGUCGAUUCCGACUCAUAGCAACCCUAUAGGACGGAGUAGAACUGCCCCGUAGAGCUUCCAAGGAGCACCUGGUGGAUUUGAACUGCCAAACUUUUUGGUUAGCAGCCAUAGCACUUAAACCACUACGCCACCAGGGUUUCCAAGCAUUGCUUAGAUCAGCUUUUUUUUUUUUUUUCCAUACAUUUUCUCAGUGAAGGAAGCAGUGUGUUGGUUUACAUUCUGAUGCAAACACCUUACCCUCUUGAGGACUGAUAACGAAUAGGAUAUUGGCUACUUUGAGUAGCACUGAUCCAUAUAAACCAUUCAUAGGUCCUCUCCUCAUACUCUCUCUUGAAUGCACUUCUAUCUGGCUUUCGACUACAUGGCUCCAAUGAAAAUACUGUUGUCAAAGUCAGCAGAAACUUUCACAUUGUAAGCCAAUUCUCAGCCCUCGUUGUCACUCCACUGUUGAUAUCCUUUCUUGGCUUGGCUUCCAGGUCACCACAAUCGUUUGGUUUUCUUCCUAUCUUAUUGGUGACUUCUCAUUAUCCUUUGCUGUUUCCUCUUUUUCUAUAUCCCUUUUAAAAAUUCAGUAAAAUUUACUGUUUUGGUACACAGUUCUGUGGCUUGUGAAAAAUGCACAGAUAAAGUCAUAUAACCAGUAAUACAGUUGUAAUGGGUUAACACUUGGGGAUACUGGGAAAAGGUGAAUGUAUUUUGUGUGAGACUGUGGCAUGUAUACACCACCUGGAGGGUGGAACUCUUAGGACUCCUGAUAGGCGUGCUGUGACCACCAUUGGGCUGUGAAUGAAGGUCCAAACUAAGGGGGCAUUUCUUCAGGAACGUUUCACUCUUCAGGUCCUGUCCAGUGAGAAAGGAAUACACCUGAAGUUCUCAUGGGGUGACUAGGAAGUAGAUGGGAUGUGAGAAUUCAUCAAAACUGAAAACAGUCUUUGCUUUGCCUUGCAAUUCUACCAAUCCUAUAAAAACAUGAAUAACUUGAACAAAUACUCAAAGUUUAUACAAAGGUGUUCUCUUUAGCACUGGUUUGAACUUCAAAAAAUUGGAAACAUUUGAAAUGACUAUUCUCAGUGUUGGCUGAAUAAACCACUACGUACAUGUUACAUACAAUAUAGAAAGGAAUAUCAAAUAGGUUUUAAAGAAGGCAGCACCAAUGCAUUAAUAUAGAAAGAUGCAUACAGUAUAUUGUAGUAUGAAAAAAGUGAGUUUCGAUAUUAAAUUCUCUUCCUACUCAUUCUUCGCUGUAGUCUCAGCUAUUUCCCUGGACCACUGGUCCACAGCACUGAGAAUUUUAUAUUUUAGAAAACUGAUAUGGUACAUAGAUUAUGUGUUAACAUCUUCAGGAGGGUCUGGAAAAAUCAUUUCCUUCUUAAUUAACACAAUGAUAUUUAUUCAGUAGAAUGUGGAAUACCAGUUGAGAUGUUUCAACAAACAGAUACAGCACUGGAGGCGCUCACUCGUCUAUGGCAAGAAAUCCGGGAGACAGCCACCUGGCCAACCAACUGGAGAAGAUCCAUAUUUGUGCCCAUUCCAAAGAAAGGUGAUUGAACACAGAAUGCCAAAGUUAUUGAGCAAUAUCAUUAAUAUCACACGCAAGUAAAAUUUUGCUGAAGAUGGUUCAAAAACGGUUGCAGGAGUACAUAGACAGGGAACUCCCAAAAAUUCAAGCCAGUUUCAGAAGAGGACGUGGAAUGAGGAUUAUCAUUGCUGAUGGCAGAUGGAUCUUGGUUGGAAGCAGAGAAUGCCAGAAAGAUGUUUACCUGUGGCUUACUGACUAUGCAAAGGCAUUCGGCUGUGUGGAUCAUAACAAAUUACCGAUAACAUUGCAAAGAAUGGGAAUUCCAGAAUACUUAAUUGAGCUCAUGCAAAACCUGUACAUAGAACAAGAGGCAGUCGUUAGAAAAAGAGAACACUGCAUGGUUUAAAAUCAGGAAAGGUGUGCGUCAAGGUUGUACCCUUUCACCAUACUUAUUUAAUCUGUAUGCUGAGCAAAUAAUCUGAGAAGCUGGACUAUAAGAAGAAGAAUGCAGCAUUAAGAUUAGAGGAAGACUCAUUAACAACCUGCGCUAUCCAGAUGACACAACCUUGCUUGCUGGAAGUGAAGAGGACUUGAAGCACUUACUGAUGAAGAUCAAAGACUACAGCCUUUAGUAUGGAUUACAUCUCAAAUUAAACCAGAAUCCUUACAACCGGACCAAUAAGCAACAUCUUGAUAAAUGGAGAAAAUAUUGAAGUUGUGAAGGAUUUCAUUUUACUUGGAUCCACAAUCAAAGCCUAUGGCAGCAAUAGUCAACAAACCAAAGGACUUAUUGCAUUGGCAAAACUGCUGCAAAAGACCUCUCUAAAGUGUUGAAAAGCAAGAAUGUCAUUUUGAGGACUAAGGUACGCCUCACCCAAGCCAUGGUAUUUUCAAUUGCCUCAUCUGCAUGCAAAAACUGGACAAUGAAUAAGAAAGACCAAAGAGGAAUUUAUGCCUUUGAAUCAUGAUCUUGGUGAAAAAUAUUAAAUAUACCAGGGGCUACCAGAAGAAAGAACAAAUCUGUCUUGGAAGAAGUACAGCCAGAGUGCUCCUUGGAAGUAAGGAUGGAGAGAUUUUAUCAGGAGGGACCAGUUCCUGGAGAAGGACAUUAUGCUUGGUAAGGUAGAGGGUCAUCGAAAAAGAGGAAGAACCUUGAUGAGACAGAUUGACACAGUGAUUGCAACAAUGGACUCAAACAACGAUUAUGAGAAAGGCAGGGGACUGUUCUGUUGUACAUAGGGUCACUAUUAGUUGGAACCGACUGAACGGCACCUAACAAUAACCACUGAAUGUCUGUGUAUUCAAACUAAAUGGGAAGUUAAAAAGAUACGUAAACAUCACCAUAUCUUCUGACGUUUUGCCACCAAAUCCACCUUGUACCAAGUUUAUAAAAACCUUUUUUUUAGUGCAUUUUGGGUUUCAGACUUGAUGGUAAGGCCUUGUUGGCUCUGCAGUUAGGAUACCGUGUGACCUGGGUACCAGCAUCUACGAGGCCCCUGCAUCCUGCCUCUGCUCACAUAGGUCCAAUCAUUAUCUACUCUGAUUCAGAACGCUUCCAGGUUUCCCAGAUCCUUCACCGGGCUCACAGGGCCCCUUACUGCCUGUCCCUCACCCACUUUUCCAGCUUCAUUUAGCACCAAGAGCAUCAGCCCCAGUCUUGCCUUCCACUUUCUCCAGGUUGAGCUCCCUCUGGCCCCAGGCCCUCUCGUCCUCUGAUCAGUUUUCUUCAUUAACUCCUCUUUUCUUCAGAUCUCACCCUCACUCCCGUAACCCAAUUCCAUGGUACAACAUCUGGCACUUGCCCUUUGUAACACUUAAUGACAGUUGUAAUUUUUGGUGAGGUCCAGGUCUGCUCCACUAACCACUAUGUGUAAGAUUUAAGUUUUAAAAUUAAUAGAGAUACUCAGGUUUGUCAUGCAUAAACUCAGUUUAUUGCAAGGUAGACAUGGCAAGGCACCCUAGUGAGACCUCGCAACAAUUAUUGUUAAUCUGACAGGAAAAAUUUAUCUUGAUUUAAUGCUUUUUUCCCUGAUUAUGAGUUUAAGAAUUUGUCCAUUUGUUAAUUUGUAUUUCUUUCAUGAAUUGUCUGGAGGGCUCUCUUUUUUCUUUAACUUUUCUCCCACUUUUCUUACCACUUUUUAAGACAUGUAUUUGCAACUAUACGCAACUGUCUACUGGGCGCAUCCACUUGGAUUUCUAACUGGCAUCUCCAGAUUCUCAGGUCGAAGGUAGAAAUCUUGAUUUCUUCCCAGCCCCCACUCCCAGGAACUUGUCCUUCUCCAUUCUUUUCCAUUCAAUCAAUGGUACCUACAUUCUCUUAAUGACUAAGACAAAAACCUAGGAGGUAUAUUUGAUUUACUCCUUCUCGUAGCCAGUGCAUCUGUGCAUCUCAUUGUCUUCCCUUCAGACUAAGUCCCUGAAUUCUGAUAUAACCCCUCCUCCUCCCCCCACAGACAUAUAUACCUGGGAACACCUUUUCUGGGUUACUUGGCUGUGGUCCCUCCCCCAAGAUUGUCCCUCCCCUUCAGAAUCACGGUGUGGGAUAUUUUGGGUGGAGUCUGUUUGGCUUCAAGGUCCCUAGAUAGGGUAAGUGGUUUGUCAUCGGCUGUUAAACUAAAGAUUGGUGAUUGGAACCUACUCAGCUGCUCAACAGAAGAAAGGCCUGGAAAACUGCUUCAGUAAAGAUUACAGCCAAGAAAACCCUAUGGAGCAGUUCUAUUCUGUAACACCUGGGGUCACCAUGCAUCAGAGUUGACUCUAUUGCAAUGGGUUUGUUCAUUUUUUGGUUUGGCUUCAUGUGAGUCCUGUUGAGAUAGAAGAUGGGUCGAGAGUACUGGCCAAGGGCACAUUCUUAGGAAAAAGAAGUAUGAAGGGACAGACAGGAAAAGCAGUCUGUCAAAAGAGAAGUAACGACAACUAAACAAGGUCAAGUUUCUGAGGGAUCAAAACAAGUUAAAAAGGGACUGUUCAAAAUAAUAUUAAGCCAGUAAUAGAAACUGAUUAAAGUUUAAUAUAUGAUUUGAAAAUUGGGUUAACAUUUUAACUAGGGAGUCAAAAUGUUCCAAAGAUAAGAAAACUUCCAAAAAUUCUUAUACCCCAUCUUAUUAACAUUGCCUUGGAAAAGGACCCAGGGACAGUGUUUACAUAAUAACAAUUUACCCUAAAACACAGCUUUCACCCUGACCCUGGAGCUCCUGUUGCUUGAAACUGACUGCACAUAGAUAAUUCUUCAGAAGAGCCCAAUGCCCAAGGCAAAACAGUCUUCACUAAGCUGCUUAGUAGGCUAUUGUUUGACUUAAAGGUGACUUUAGGAAACCAGUCAGCUCAAGGCUCAAGGUUCAAAAGGACAUCUAAGGGCAAUGGCCUGGGUAAGUUAUCCAACCUCCAUGGACCCUGGAUAUCUGAAUUCCAGGAGAAUUAAAACUGUUUCUCAGAACUGAAAAAAUGUUCAUUGGACUCAUAAACCAGAUCACUGAUGAAUUGUGUUGACUUCAACUCAUGGUGAUCCCAUGUACAACAGAAUGAAACACUGCCUGAUCCUGAGUCAUCUUCACAAUCACCGGCAAGUUUGUGUCUAUCAUUGUAGCUAUUAUGCCAGUCCAUCUCACCGAGGGACUCCCUCACUUUUGCUGGUCCUCUACUUUGCCAAACAUGUUUUCCUCCAGUGAUUGAUCCCUCCUGAUGACAUAUCCAAAGCAAGGGAGUUGGACCAUAAGGUUUUUUUUUUUUUUUUAAUUGUGCUUUAAGUGAAAGUUUACAAAUCAAGUCAUACAAAAACUUAUAUACAUCUUGCUGUGUACUCCUAGGUGUUCUUCACCUAAUGAGACAGCACACUCUUCCUCUCCACCCUGUAUUCACUGUAUCUAUUCAACCAGCUCCUGUCCUCCUCUGCCUUCUCAUCUCGCCUCCAGACAGGUGCUGCCCAUGUAUUCUCAUGUGUCUACUUGGGCGAAGAAGCUCACUCCUCAUUAGUAUCAUUUUCUGUCUUACAGUCUAGUCCAAUCCCUGUCUGAAGAGUUGGCUUCGGGAAUGGUUCCAGUCUUGGGAUAACAGAAGG